UAACAGCAAAAAUAUUGAUUGAGUAAAACUAUCAACUGUAACCUCUAAGAUAAUAAAGGAAAAAUCUCCUCCAAGAUUCAAAAUAUGCCCUAGAAGAAUUCUUAAGGGAAGUAAAACUUUAAGGCAUAAUCUAUUAAAAGAGGAUUUCGUAAAACACCACAAAAAGACAUAGAAAACGAUACUCAAGACAUUCUUGUAAAGUAUAACCUUGAUAAGGAGAGUUAUAAAGAAGUUAUGGCACAAAUCCAUGAAUUUUCUAAAAAGACCUAUUCAGUUCAUUUUAUGGGACUUAAUUCAGGAAAAUUGCAGAUAUAUUCAAGAAGGCUUCCUCUUGCAAAAGAAGUACAUCCUAAAUAAAGAGAAAUAUAUCGCUCCGGUGCCAAAGACUCCUUCUUAUUGGGUAUCUCCAAAGAGAGUAGAGCCAAAGAAACAAAAGAGAUCAAGGAGACUUUCCCAGAAAACUCCCAAAGCUAAAAAUAUCAGAGUUAGUAGAGGAAUGAAUGCUAUAAACUCGACUUUAUAUUCCAGAACUAACAAGUCAAGAGUUUCUCUAUCAAAUUUUGGGACAACUUCAGAGAUGUCUAAAUAAGCCAGCACUACCAAAUCAGAAAGGAGGACUUCUUAACAUAAAAAUUUCAGAUACUAUUUUAACCAGCAAACUAGGAGAGAAAAAGUUUAAUAGCAAAGCUAUAAAAACUUACUUACAUAUCCAAACACAUACAAAAAAUUAAAAAUAGCUCUAAAAGGUCUAAAAAUGACUCUAAAUCACCUAAAUCAUCACCGUUAUGACCAAAAUCCGCUGGUUUGAGGAACAAAAAGUCACCAAAAAGAGUCAAACUGGCAAAAACAAAGAUAUCGGGUCUUUCUAACACUCCAAAGACAUGCUCAAAAUCUGUUACAGAGGAGGUUAAGCAAGAAGAAAAUAACCCGGUCAAAGUAGAUCAGAAGCAAGAAAAUUGACUGAUAUAACUCUGACAGACUUCUUCUCGAAGCUGGAAGAGAUUAACCAGCAGUACCCUCAACCAGUUUCGUUGAAUCCUUAUCUUGUACAUAAGAUAGCUAAGCCACGUGGGCUGACUUGUAGCCAAAAGUUUCAGCCCACUUGUUACAGUGACAUCCGAGUCCCAGCUAAAAAAGGAAGUAUAACAAGAGCUAGAGGCUGAGAAAACAAUGUAGAAUACAAAGCUAUAAAGCCACGUACUAAAUCUGUUUUAUGUGGGAAAAAUAAAAGAGAUCUGCUCUUCUUCCAUACUAACAAAGGUUUCAAAGGAUUCAUGAACAAAAGGAUCAAGACAAAUAACGAAAAGCAAGGAGAUACGUUUAACAAAGUCCAAACUAAGAGAGAAAGAAGGCUCAAUACAGGUCAAAAAUCAAAAAGAUCAUCAUUAAAUUCUAAAUUCGAGCAAGGACUACUAGAAUUUUGAAGAGAGGAAAUCAGAACCUCCCAUGGGCCAAGAAGAUAUGAUGCAAGUCUAGAAGCUCCUCUUUUUGACAAUCAUUCUUCUAUACCACAAAAUAAAAAAAUCAAGAAUCUUUUCCUAAACGACAGGAUCAGAUUCCCUGAUAACACAGAUUAAAUAUCAUAUCUUUCAAUUUA